AUGAGAGAACAAAACAAUUACUUUAGAGCCAACAAUAGCCGUUAUCAGCCUUACCAAGGCGGACGAGGCGAUUCCUCUGGUGGAUCCUAUAGCAACGGUGGUGGUUAUAACAGAGGAAGAUAUGAUGACUCUUCUCGUCAAGCUCCUGUAGCUGCUACAUCAUCCGACUAUGUUAGAGAUGAUGAGCCUGAAGAAGCACUCUUCGCAAAGAAGAACACCGGUAUUAAUUUUGAUAAAUACGAGAAUAUUCCAAUCGAGGUUUUCGGUAGAGACCCUCCUACUCCAAUCACCACUUUUGAUGAAGCACAACUCCAUGAACUUUUGAUGAACAAUAUUGUCAAGAGUGGCUACACCAAACCAACUCCAAUACAAAAACACUCCCUUCCUGCUAUCAUUACAUCGAAACGAGACAUGAUGGCUUGUGCUCAAACCGGCUCGGGAAAAACAGCUGCCUUCUUGUUACCUAUUAUCAACUCUCUCUUGCAAGCUGGUAUUCACAAAGACAGAAAAAGAUUUAAUCCAUACAAGGGAACACCAAAGGCUGUUAUCCUUGCUCCAACCAGAGAAUUGUGCCAACAAAUUUAUGACGAGUGCAGAAAAUUCCUUUUCCAAACUUAUUUGAAAACGGUUGUUGUUUAUGGAGGAGCUUCAAGCGGCUAUCAAAUGAAACAAUUGGAACGUGGUGUUGACAUUCUUGUCGGAACACCUGGAAGAAUGAAUGACUUUAUUCAGAGAGGAAAAUUGGACAUGUCUGGUGUUCAAUAUUUAGUUUUGGAUGAAGCAGAUAGAAUGUUAGACAUGGGUUUUGAACCACAAAUUCGCUCCAUUGUUGAAGGUAGUGGUAUGCCACCAAAGGGACAACGAUUGACAUUGUUAUACAGCGCCACAUUCCCAAAGGAGACUCAAAAAUUGGCUCUUGACUUUUUACAUGAUGAACUUUUUGUUCAAGUUGGUGUCAUUGGAGGUACAACUGAGAAUAUUACACAGAAAUUUUUCCAAGUUUCUGCCAAAGAAAAGAAAGACAAGCUUGUCGAAGUCUUGUCUGAACACAAGACCGAAAAAACUCUCGUCUUUGUUCAACAAAAAAGCACUUGUGACCAACUUUAUGAACAUUUAACACCUCUAGGUUUCAAAUGUUGUGUCAUUCACGGUGAUAAGGAUCAAAGAACCAGAGAACGAUCCUUGAGACAAUUUAAGGAAGGUUAUUCUACAAUCCUCAUUGCAACUGAUGUUGCUGCUAGAGGAUUGGAUAUUGAAAAAGUCACACACGUUGUCAAUUACGAUCUUCCAAAAGAAAUUGACUCAUAUGUUCACAGAAUCGGUAGAACUGGACGUGUUGGUAACUUGGGACAAGCAACUGCUUUAUUUGAUCCUGAGGAAGAUUCAAAAUUAUGCCGAGACUUGUUGAAGAUUUUGAAAGAUGCAAAUCAAGAAGUUCCUGAUUAUAUUGAAAACGCAGCCUUUAAUCCCUUCUCUGGUAAGGGAGGAAGCUUCAGAGGUGGACGUGGUAGAGGUGGUUAUGGCGGUGGACGAGGAGGCUUCAGAGGUGGACGAGGAGGAUUUGGUGGCGGUUUCAACAAUAGAUGGUAA